UCCCCUUGGACUAAGAUGGCUGCCAAUCUCAAGCUUGCUGCCUUCUACCUCUUCGCCGUCGCCUCGCUCCCGCUUCUCAUUGUCGCCGACUGCGACUGCUCGGCCUCCACCGAUGAAGGCAGCGACAAGGCGAGGGCGCUCACGCUCAAGAUCAUCGCCAUCUUCUGCAUCCUCGUCGCGAGCUCCGUGGGCUCCGCGAUCCCCUUGCUCGGCCAAAGGUUUCUCGCCCUCCGCCCCGACACCGACCUCUUCUUCGCAGUCAAGGGCUUCGCCGCCGGCGUCAUCCUCGCCACGGCCUUCGUGCACAUCCUCCCGGUCGCCUUCGACAAGCUCGGCUCACCGUGCCUCGUCAAUGGGCCCUGGCAGAAGUUUCCGUUCGCGGGUUUCAUCGCCAUGCUCGCCUCCAUCGCCACCCUCGUGAUCGACACGAUCGCCACGGGCUACUUCCAGCGCGCGCGCGCAAAUAAUACCACCGCGGCCGUCGGAGAUGUAGAGACAUCAGAAGACGGCGCCGCGCAGCUCAUACGCCACCGCGUCAUCUCGCAGGUGCUGGAGCUGGGGAUCAUUGUGCACUCGGUGAUCAUCGGGAUGUCUUUAGGUGCAUCUGAGAGUCCCAGCACGAUCAGACCACUCGUGGUAGCGCUAACUUUCCAUCAAUUCUUCGAAGGGAUUGGGCUCGGAGGAUGCAUUGUUCAGGCCAAAUUCCGUCUGAGGUCAGUGCUGACAAUGGCGCUCUUCUUUUCGCUCACUACGCCGGUCGGAGUCGUGAUCGGCAUCGGGAUCUCGUCCACCUACAAUGAGAACAGUCCCAGGACCCUGAUCAUCGAAGGGGUCCUCGACGCUGCAGCGGCCGGGAUCCUAAACUACAUGGCGCUCGUUGACCUUCUAGCCGAGGACUUCAUGAACCCUAGGGUGCAGAAGAAUGGGAUGCUGCAGCUCAUCAUCAAUGUAUCGUUGCUGAUUGGGACGGCGCUCAUGUCCAUGCUCGCCAUAUGGGCCUGAACACACUCAUGAGUACAGUGAAACAUCAAUGCAACUUAUUUUUUGUUCUGCUUUACUAGGUUUCUUUUGAUCUUGUGGGUAAUUACAUGAUGGUUUCUCAUUUUUGCUUGUAAAAAGAAGUACAUACCAACUUCGAUGUAAUAAAAGUGUCGAUGAU